GAGGAAAAACGAAGGUGACUGUUUUCCUCAGUCGACGCAUUUAAUGGCAUUUGUUUGUGACAGUGUCUCCAGGGCGCGCGGACCAUCGCACGGAUCAUUUCUGUUUCUCUGGAUGUGUCUAGUUCAAGCUGCGGUCGUUUUAACCUCUGCCUGGCGCACGUCCGUUCAGCUCCUGGACAGCUCCUGUCUCCCUCCUGUCUCCCUCCUGUCUCCCUCCUGUCUCCCUCCUGUCUUCCUCCUGUCUCCCUCCUGUCUCCCUCUUGUCCUCGGAUGGAUUCCGUGAUAUUUGCACCGGGGGAGCAGCGCCAGCACAUUUUAUUCCGCUCUGGAGACUCGGUUUUGAGUCAGUGACAGCUGUGCGCUGUGCCUCAGCAUGGUCCGGAGGAGACGCUCAGGAGACGUGGAGAUUGUGAGACGAAGCCUGUAUCCCAGCAUCCUCCACGCGCUGCAUCCUGGUCUUCAUCGUGUAAUGAGACGGACGACUGCAGCAGGAGCACAAGAUCUGGUGUGAACAUCAGGAACAAGACCUCAUCAUGAGCAACAAGGUCCCCCCACAGCCCAGGGCCUCAGAUUUGGAAGUGAUUUCAGCUCAGGUGGAAGAUGAGCCACAGCGUCUGGCUCCUGUUCCUCUGGUCAGCUUUGCCUACAGAGACCUCCCUCUGGACAUGUCCCUCGCUGGAUCUCAGCUCAUCUCCAACCCAGACGAGGACGACAACCGAGACGGGUCAGACUGGCUGAAGCCGUGCUGUGGACACGGCGCCUCCUUGUGGCACGUCUGCCUCUUGUCCGCCGGGUUUAACUGUUUCCUGGUCCUGUGUGUGAUCGUGGUGGUGCUGCUGCUGACGCUGGAGCUGCUCAUAGACACCACACUACUGCAGUUUCAUAACGCCGUGCAGUUUGCCUGUGUCAUCCACUGGAUCAGUCUGGCUAUUCUUUCUGUUUUUUUCACUGAGACGGUGUUCCGGAUCGUGGUGCUGGGAAUCUGGGAUUACAUCGAGAACAAAGUGGAGGUGUUCGAUGGAGCCGUCAUCGUCCUGUCCCUCGCCCCCAUGGUCGCCUCCACGGUGGCGAACGGCCCCGGCAGCCCGUGGGACGCCAUCGGCCUCAUCGUGACGCUGCGCAUCUGGAGGGUCAAAAGGAUCAUCGACGCUUAUGUACUGCAGGUAAAAGUGGAGCUGGAGCUGGAGAUUCAGCAGUUUGAGAAGGCCAAAGCCAUUCGAGAGGAGCAACUGGAGCGGCUCACGCACAUCUGUCAGGAGCAGGCCUUUGAGAUUCGACAGCUGAGGGCCCAUCUGGCACAGCAGGACCUGGACCUGUCGGCCGAGCGAGAGGCGGCUCUGCAGAUGCAUCGUCUGUGGGGAAAACGCAACAGCAGCUUCCAAGAGGUGGACGAGCCGAGGGGCCCGACCAGAGCCCGGGGGCCCGGCGAGGCCACAGAUCACAGUGGUCAAGACGAUAUGAAUAAUUACAUCAGUCAGUACUACAGUGAGCCCAGCAGCGACAUGGGCGUCCCAGACCCGGCCGCCAGAGUCAUCACCACAGCGGCCAUCGACGUGCACCUGCCCACCAACCCCAGCCAGCUGCCCUCCACCCUGGUGAGCGCAGAGGCCAUGAGCUCAGGACGUCUCCACCCGACAGAGAGCUCCGUCAGCGAGGCCUCCAGCAUCGACUGCAGCUCCACCGUGAGAGAGGCCUCCACCUCCACAGACUACCCCCCGCCCUACAGCAGCCCUCUGGUCAGGGGCAGUCCCAGUGCCGUGGUGCAGGAACUGCUCUCCUCCCUGUCUGAACACUCCUGUUUAACUCAGAAAGGUUUAGAUCCCGUCAACCUCAAACCUCCCAGUCCGACAGGGUCCACGAAAAGCAGCCCUGAAAUGGAACACAGGCUCAACAUCUACAACAAGAACCAGGAGAGGGCACUGCACGGGAAAGCGCUCAUCCAAGUGCAGAGCAACGAGCCGCUAGUCGACGAGAAGCAUAGACUCAUGGAGCCGGUGCAGGUCUCGCUCAAACGCCUCUCCAAGACAUAACACACACUCGCAUACAUAACACACACGGAGCCGCUGGAGUCUCCGGGAGCUGUACUCUCCUCUGACGGCUCAAACCACUCACCUCUUUCAGGCUACUCUUCAGGAACAGACAUUAACCAAAACUCUGGAGGCUUCAGAGCAGACUCCAUGUGAUCCUGCUGAAACACAUGGCUCGUUUGAUACCCUUUGUAACAGUUUAGAUGCAGAUUUUACUAAUGAGCUCUUUGUAACUUAAACAUUUGUGUUGAUUUGACGGAAUUUUGUGGAAAAAUCUUUUAUUUGGUUUAAAUCGCUGUGUUGGUGCCAUAAGGGGGAUAACGAUGCUACAAACUACCUACCUGUAAAAUGAGCCAUACGAGUCUCCACCUGCUGUUUAGCUGUAGAUAUAAAACCAUCGUUACAGACAAAACUAAAUGACUUAGGAGCUGCUGCUGACGACCAACUUAAUUUGUUCAAAAUAUUUCAAACUUAUCUUGUUUAUUCUAACAUGUUCCCAUGCUCACUAAAAAUAAGACUGUACAGGGAUUUAAUACGCAUAUGAAUAAAAGAUCAAAUUAAUGAGUCAG